GUUUCUCUCCUCUGCUGGUUUGUGUCACUUGGAUUGGAGGACUGUUUGUGUCGGCGUCCCAAGAUGAACCAAACCGCCACCGUCUCGCAUCAAGUUAAAUGCCAGUCAACGAAGGCUAUCAAGGACCUUGGUGGGGUGAGUCCUCCUCAGAGGAACUGGAAGGGGAUUGCCAUUGCUCUUCUGGUCAUCCUGGUGGUCUGCUCCCUCAUCACCAUGUCUGUCAUCCUCCUCACUCCAGCUGACAACCAAGCUGGGAGUGACACCAAACUGACUGUGGAGGAUUUGUUCAAACCUGAAUUCAAGGUCCAUGACCCAGAAGCCAAAUGGAUCAACGACUCUGAAGUCAUCUACAGGAACACUGAUGGCCACGUCAUCAAGUUCAACAUCCUCACAAAUGAAACAGAGAUUGUCCUGACAAACACAACAUUUAUAAAUUUCAAUGUGGCCAAGUAUUCUGUCUCCCCUGACCUGAAAUAUGUCCUCUUCGCUUAUGAUGUGAAACAGGUUUAUCGCCACUCCUACAUGGCCUCCUACAGCAUCUACAAUAUUCAUACACGGGAGGUUUGGGAGCUGGACCCUCCUGAGGUGGUGAACUCGGUCCUGCAGUACGCUGCUUGGGGAGUACAAGGCCAACAGCUGAUCUACAUAUUUGAAAAUAACAUCUACUACCAGUCUGAUGUCAAGAGUAACUCCCUCAGGCUAACAUCCUCAGGGAAGGAACGGGUCAUCUUCAACGGGAUUGCUGACUGGCUCUAUGAAGAGGAGAUCCUUCAGACCCACGUGGCACACUGGUGGUCACCUGAUGGAGAGAGGCUCGCCUUCCUGGUUCUCAAUAACAGUCUGGUGCCCAAUAUGGCUUUACCUCGCUUCACUGGCAUGGCGUACCCCAAAGGAAAGCAGUACCCAUACCCCAAGGCUGGCCAACCCAACCCGGUGGUGAAGCUCUAUGUAGUCAAUCUUUACGGGCCAACGCACACGCUGGAGCUCAUGCCUCCAGAGACGCUCAAGCUACGAGAACAUUAUGUGACCAUGGUGAAGUGGAUCAGCAAAACCAAGACAUCUGUCAGGUGGUUGAACCGGGCCCAGAACAUCUCCAUCCUCACUGUGUGUGACACUACCACUGGAGCCUGCGUCACGAGACAUGAAGAAAGCUCUGAGCUCUGGCUUUCCAAGCAGAACCAAGAACCGGUGUUCUCCAAAGAUGGGAACAGGUUCUUCCUGACUGUUCCGGUCAAACAAGGAGGACGUGGAGAGUUUCAUCACAUUGCUAUGUUCACCACACAGUUCAGAGCAGAUCAAAAUGAAGUGCGACAUCUAACAUCAGGAAACUGGGAGGUGACCAAGAUCAUUGCCUACGAUGAGAACACUGAUAACCUCUAUUUUCUCAGCACAGAGGGGUCACCACGAAGACGGCAGCUUUUCAGUGUUAAAACUGUGGGUCUGUUCCCACGACGGUGUUUAACGUGCGAGUUAAAUAAAGCUCACUGUCUGUACUUCGACGCUGACAUCAGCCCCACAAACCAGCACAUCAUCCUCCACUGUAAAGGUCCUGGAGCACCGACUGUGAUCUUACACAGCCUCAAUAAUUCAAAUUACUACAUUCUCGAGAACAACUCUUUGCUGAAGGCAGCCUUGAAAUACAAAAGGAUCCAACUGACUGACUUCAAAACUGUUUCAAUGGAACAUUUUGACUUACCUUUGAAGAUCUCCUACCCACCAGACUUCUCUGAUUCCCGGCACUAUGGACUGCUGCUGCUGGUUGACAGCGCCCCCGGUGGUCAAGCCGUGAGUGACCGCUUCUCUCUCAGCUGGGACUCUGUCCUGGUCAGCUCUGACAACGUCAUCGUGGCUCGUCUGGACGGCCGAGGCAGUGGCUUCCAGGGUCAGAGGAUCCUGCACGAGGUUCACCAGAAGCUGGGAACGGUUGAUGUCCAGGACCAGAUUGCAGUAGUGGAAUACUUGAUGAAAUUUUCAUAUAUUGAUCGGACUCGGAUAGCAGUGUUCGGAAAGGGUUAUGGUGCCUACAUAACAUUAAUGAUGCUCAAGUCUACUGACAGCCUCUUCAAAUGCGCAUGUGCAGUGUCACCAGUGACAGACUGGAAACUCUAUGCAUCAGCGUUCUCUGAGAGAUACCUUGGCAUGCCAUUACGGGAUGACAGCAGAUAUCAGUUUUCCAGUGUGCUGCAGAACGUUCAGGCACUUAGGGAGCAGACACUGAUGCUGGUGCAUGGCACAGCAGAUGCCAACAUCCACUUUCAGCAUACUGCUGAGCUCGUCAAGAACCUUGUGAAAGUUGGAGCAAACUACUCAAUGCAGAUCUACCCAGAUGAGGGCCAUUUCCUGUCUCAGCAGAGUCGCCAGCACCUCUAUGCCACACUGACCAGCUUCUAUAGGGAGUGUCUGAAGGAGGAGUUACUACCGCUGCCCGAUGAUGAAGAGGAGGAGGAGGAGUAGUAGGCAGGAGGCUUUGAGGGUUACACUUUUGGCAGAGCUUGAGAGAAUUUUGCUAAAAUCCAUUAAGGAAUUUUGCAUUUGGACCAAGUGUUGAGCCAGACAUGAACACUGGGUUAGAGCUUCUAAUGCUCUUAAGUGUGCGUGUGUGUGUGUGUGUGAAGUGUGUGUGCGUGCGUGUGAGCACUGCAAUGUGUGACUGUGUAUAAAUGUGUUGAAAAGAUAACUGAAGGACAUGACAGUGACACUUGCAUUGCCGGGACUUGAGGCAGGAACAGCCCUCUAGCAUAAAGUCAUUUCAGUUUUGGGACUCUCUGUUUCUCGGCAAAGCACAUGGAAGACUGCCUCCAUCUUGUGCAGGCUCUCUGGGCCGCAGUCAUCCUCACUUAACCAAGUGCAUGGUUCUUUUUCCCCCCUCUUCCCUCCCUCACUCAUUUUGCCAUGUUAGUCUACUUUGUGGUAACACUUGGGAAGAAAAGAACACAGAUGUGCACUUCUGAUCUCACCUCUCCUUUUGUUGUUGUGUUGUUGCACAAGGAAACGCUCCAGUCAUCGACAAAAAACGUCACACAAGUUCACCAAAAUCGAGCCGAUCCUGAAUAAGUGCAAUUUCCUGAUGAAACCCUCUGCCAUCGCCCACCCUAGACAGAAGCAGUCUUUAUAGGUCACACUUUAUUGUACAGGGCUCUUGUGUAGACAUGUACAAUGCCUUAUGAGGUUCAACAUACUGUAAUAUUACUUGCUGACAUUGGUAGUCAUCCAUUAGUAGUGUCAUGUUAACCUAUGUCAACUCAGGUCCUUGAGACACAGCAUUGCAGUCAGUUUAGUAUCUGAAACAGUUACAACAUUAUGUCAGCUGUAUGGUCAUGAAUAAGUUAUGAAGUCUAUAUGAAGAUAAUGGAUAUUGGCCAUACAGGUAUUUCAGUUUCAGGCCACACUGCAAAAGUUCUCCAUCUUAAGAUGCUAUUAACCUAUCUUUCCGGGAAUCAAGCAAUGAAAUCUCUUAGAAGUUGCGAGACCAUUUUUCAGUGCGUCUCCACCAGAUUUAAGAGCUUUCUUCAAGUCGAGAGACAUUUUCCCCUAUUUUUGGACUGUCUUUCAUUUCAAGAAACGGAAAUAUUUAAAAGUGGAAAUUAAUGGCAAUGGGUGUACUAAGAUGGACAAUUUUUCAGUGUCAGUAAGGUGUUUGCAUGUCUACAGGGAAUGUGUCAAGUGUUGCCACAUUUUGUACAGUACAAUACAGCAGAGUGUGUACAUAAAUAUAUUUUUGAGAUGUCAGAUCUCAUAGGAAGUUUAGUCUAUGGGGCUGGAUUGAUUUGACCUUGAUGUCUUGUACAUUUUUUUGGUUUCUUCUCUGUUUUCUUUUCAGCUGUUGAUUUUCUUCUUAGG